UCUCCCCGCCCACAACAAAGGCAGGCAGAGCCCGAGGGGCACCAGCCGGAGUGCCGGGCGCGCGCGGAGGGGCCCAGGCAGAGCCAGCUGCUCCCCGCCCUCCUCUCGCCGGCCGGGCUCCCCCCGCGCCCCCUUGGCGGGGAGGCCGCCCCCCAGCCUUCUCCUCUGCAGGCCAGGGAUGGAGCUCUGCGCAUGUUCAGUGAAGCCACAUCAGGCAACGUGGUGAUGGGAGCAACAAGGGCCCCAGUGAUGUGGUCCAGAGAGCGCUGGGCGGGCACCCCCACACCGUGUGGGGCUUAGCGUUGUGGUGCGUUGACGUUGUGCGCAAGGCAAGUUGGCUCUUUGAGGCUGUGAGUUUCAUGUCUCUUGUUCCUCUUUGGUGGUGUUGAUGCGAAGCCCCCAAUAGCCGUUGGAGCAGACCGAGAGGGGAGGCCACCCCCCAGGAGAGGAGAUGGAGAACAAGAGUCUGGAGCUCCCCAGCCCAGCUGCCGGCUGGGCUGCUCCCUCGGGACGCAAAGUGGUGGUGAAGGUGGAGCCAGAGGAGGAGCUGCGCAUCGGGUGCCCCCAGGACCCGGCGGAGGCAGAGAGGGAGCCGCUUCCUGACUCCCCGGCAGGGAUCAAGCCAGAGGUGGCCAUCAAGAUGGAGCCAGAGGACGACUCGUAUGCAGAAGAGCCUUGGGACUACAGCGGCGGGGAGUCCGGCGACGACACAGACUCCUCCGACAUCCGACCUGAUGUUAUUGUGAAGAUGGAGCCAGAGGAGGAGGAGGAGGAGGAGGAAGAAGAAGAAGAAGACUUUGUGUGCCCCCCAGGAGAGAUGGGAGCAGGAGCAAACCAUGGUACCCUUCUCAUGGAUGGCGACAUCCAGCCGAGUCGGAGGAGAGCGGAAGCAGCCACCGCCUCCUCCCAGAGCGUCCGCAGCGGCAAGGGCAGUGGCAGCCAGUGGGCGAAGCAGGCUGGUCCGGAGCAGAAGAAACCGCCUGCCCCUGGAGGCUCCGGCAGCCCUCGGGAGAAGCCCCGUCCUCGGACCCCGCCGGACCCUGCCGGCACCCCCGAGGGAGCGCGGCGCCCCAAGAGCCACGCGGCCUGCGACCGCCCCUUCGCCUGCAGCAUGUGUGGCAAGCGGUUCCAGCACCGGGGCAACCUGGUGACGCACCUGCGGGUGCACACGGGCGAGAAGCCCUUCCCGUGCUCCGAGUGUGGGAAGAGCUUCAGCCAGAAGGGGGACCUGAUGCGCCACCUGCGCAUUCACACGGGCGAGAAGCCCUUCGAGUGCACUGUGUGCGGCAAGAGCUUCUGCUCCAAGCAGACCUUUGUGCUGCACCAGCGCAUCCACACGGGCGAGAAGCCCUACUCGUGCGCCGACUGCGGCAAGGCCUUCAACCGCAAGGCCAACUUCGUCACGCACCAGAAGAUCCACCGCGGCGAGCGGCCCUUCGUCUGCGGCGAGUGCGGGAAGGGCUUCUGCGCCAAGAAGACCUUCAUCCUCCACCAGAAGAUCCACGUGGGGGACCGGCCCUUCGGCUGCGCUGAGUGCGGCAAGAGCUUCAGCCGCAACGGGGACCUGACCCGCCACCAGCGCAUCCACACGGGCGAGCGGCCCUUUGCCUGCGGCGAGUGCGGCAAGUGCUUCAGCCACAACGGGGAGCUGAUCAAGCACCAGCGCAUCCACACGGGCGAGAAGCCCUUUGAGUGCACGGUCUGUGGCAAGAGCUUCAACCGCAAGAGCACCCUCAUCACCCACCAGCGCAUCCACACGGGCGAGCGGCCCUUCGUCUGCGGCGAGUGCGGCAAGACCUUCAACCUCAAGACCACUCUCAUGAAGCACCGGCGCAUCCACACCGGCGAGAGGCCCUUCACCUGCCUUGAGUGCGGAAAGAGCUUCAAGUACAAGGGGAACCUGAGGACGCACCACCUCACCCACACGGUCGAGCGCGUCUACCCCUGCACUGAGUGCGGCGCCGUCUUCGGGCAGCGCAAGGAGCUCAAGGCGCACCAGGCGAUGCACGCAGAGAGCCGGCUUCUGCCGUGCUACGGAGACGACGGGGGUAACCUGAACCCCUUCCUGCAGGUGCACCCUCUGCUGCUCUCCUGCUCGCCCAUGGAGACCCUGGCGAAAUUCAAACAGGAGGCGGGCUUCACAGACCCUUAGCGGGACCCGGGAGGAGAGAGAGAAGGGGCUGUUUUAAUUUAUCGGUUAAGCGGGCAACCGGAAGACCUCCUGGCCCCAGAGAUCUCGCGGGGGUUGGCGCCCAAAGAUGGGCGGACGAACGGAGCAGAGGAAACUUUCCUCUUUUGUGGGGCACCCGGGCCGUGGGUCUGCAAAUGUUGGCUGUGGGCCACGACUUCAGGACAAAGCUAUAACUGCAGGCCAUGCCCCAGCAGACUGACAGCUGUCUGUUAACAUCUUCCUCGCUGUAGCAAAUUGCAGCUUGGUUGGUUCCCAAACUCUUGGAGAGUUCGGGAGCAGCGAUGCACUUGCCCCUUGGGGGACGCAGAGGGCAGGGUAGGGGGGGCUUUUGCUUUGGUUGGUGGUUUUUUUGGUUGGGGGAAGAGGAGGGUGUGUGUGAAUUGGGACGAUAAAUUGAUAGGCUCGUUUGAAGUCCAGGUUAGUUUUCAAUUAUAGGAGAUGCCGGCGAAGACGGCAUGAUGAAAUUCAUUGAUGUUUUUUAAUAGCUCGAAAUGCUAGGCUUGAGGCGCUUCAAGGAAAUGUUUGUUUGAAGAUUAAAGUGGUGGUUGAAGGACAAGCAGUAGAGUGAGUGAAAAAGUAGCAAAAACUCCCCUCUUCCCCCCUCCCCUGGUACACUUUUUGAGAUAGCUGAAAGCAAAUAAACCAACGAUGACUAAA